GAUGUACAGUACACAUUGUUGUUCAUAACAAAGUUCAUUUGUAUCUAGUUUGUUACCAUAUUAGCUCAACAGCUACUAGAAGAAGAUUUUCAACAUGUUGACCGACGAUUUAGCUAGUUCCUACUCAAGUUGCAAGGCAGAUACGUCUAUGUUCACCAAAUGGCUAUUCAAAUCUGCAAAAGCUUGUGGCUAUGAGAUGCCAAAAAUAACCACAUCUACCAUUGAAGAUGUCUCGAUACCGAUUCCAAUCUUAAACACACAGCCUCGACUUAAAGGGAAGGCUAGAAAGCUGGCAAAACUGGAGAAAGAAUCUAGAGAAAAGAAAAAGGCCCAAGAAACUGUACCUGUGUCGAGAUCACCCUCAAAGUACACUAUCACAACAACAGAAAUCUUGAAGCAAGCCAAACUUGUUACUGGAAAGAUUGAGUUCCCCCAAAAGAUUCGAAAGGUUCUACAGAGAAAGAAAUACAAGAAUAGGAAUCUAGAUCUCCUCAGUGCUACUUCAAUAACAAACACCGCAUUUGAGAUAGUUCGUCGCAGUGAACAAGAAAUCUUGAACGGUGCACCGAAGCUAUUCUCGAAAAAACGAUCUUAUGACGCCAUUGCAGCUGUCAUCUUCUACGCAAACGGACUCAACACUGGGAAAGAUCCAACACAGAAGAUGGAGCUAAAGGAAUUGUUACGGCCUACACCCUUCGAUGACUUCAUAUAUCUAUCCACUUCGCGGAUUCUGAUGAAGUAUGAAAAUCUUUGUGAAAUGAAUCCAACUUUUCCCAUUCCUUCACUUCCGUUACGGGCAGUUUACAUCCCAUGCCCGGAAAUUCUGGGAACUCCUUACAUGGAUAAGAAAGAAAAGGAGGAUGUUUUACUUUCCCAACUAUUCAUUGAUCUCGACUUAUUCAACACAUAUAACCGACUGACGAAAGAAGAUGAAUCUGAAAAUUCGGCAGUAUGUGCACCUCCAGCCCCGGAUGCAUUGACUGCUGGCUUAUUGAGAUUAAAAAAUGAAGGACAAAUCAGUGUCACUGUCGUAUUUGCCGCCCAAAUAUUCCUCGAUUUGAACGAGAUACUUGGGGAUGACAUCACAGAAGGACACAAAGAUUGGGGGAAAUUGGCUUGGAAAGACCAAUCUAGUCUAGAUUCCUCGGGCCUCUAGCUUCCAAUGAAUACCCCCAAUACUUACUGGUGGAGUCCUCGCGAUCUACA